UGACUCCCCUGAGAAGCUGAGAGUGAAAGAAGCGCACCCUGCUCCUUCUCCUUUUUUCCCCCGUCUCGUGGAGACCACCCGUCCGCCCGCUUCACCUGGAAACAUGUCCAAGAAUCUCCAACCACCAACCAUGGACCCCACCAAGAUGGGGCUGGGACGCUCCAUUGCCGUGCUGACGUCCGGUGGGGAUGCCCAAGGUAUGAACGCUGCCGUGAGAGCAACAGUCAGAGUCGGUCUCUACACCGGCGCCAAGGUCUACUUUGUUCACGAGGGCUACCAGGGCCUCGUGGAUGGAGGAGAAAACAUCCGUCCCGCCACAUGGGAGAGUGUGUCCAUGAUGCUUCAGCUGGGAGGUACUGUCAUCGGCAGCGCUCGCUGCAAGGACUUCAGGUCCAGGGAGGGUCGUAUGACGGCCGCUCGCAACCUGGUGAAGCUGGGCAUCACCAACCUGUGUGUGAUCGGGGGCGACGGCAGCCUGACUGGAGCCAACGAGUUCAGGACUGAGUGGAGCGGACUGCUGGCCGACCUGGUCCGAGCCGGUAAGAUCACAGAGGACGAAGCCAAGAAAUCGUCCCACCUGAACAUCGUCGGCAUGGUCGGCUCCAUCGACAACGACUUCUGUGGCACAGACAUGACCAUUGGCACUGACUCCGCCCUGCACCGCAUCAUCGAGGUGGUGGACGCCAUCACCACGACUGCACAGAGCCACCAGAGGACAUUCAUCCUGGAAGUGAUGGGCAGACACUGUGGGUACCUGGCUCUGGUGACGGCUCUGUCCUGUGGCGCUGACUGGGUUUUCAUCCCAGAGAUGCCGCCAGAUGAGGGCUGGGAGAACCACUUGUGCAGGAGGCUGGCAGAUCAAAGGGCCAGAGGUUCCCGUCUGAAUGUGAUCAUUGUGGCUGAAGGUGCCAUGUCCAGAGACGGCAAACCAAUUUCAUCUGAGCAGAUCAAGAAGCUGGUGACCGACAGGCUCGGCUUUGACACCCGCACCACGGUCCUCGGACACGUGCAGAGAGGAGGGACGCCCUCGGCCUUUGACAGGAUCCUGGGAAGCAGGAUGGGCGUGGAGGCUGUGAUGGCGCUCCUGGAGGCCACGCCAGACACUCCGGCCUGUGUGGUCAGCCUGUCCGGGAACCAGGCGGUCAGGCUGCCGCUCAUGGAGUGCGUGCAAGUGACCAAAGAUGUUACUGCCGCCAUGGGUCAGGGCAGAUUUGAUGAUGCCAUCAAGCUCAGAGGAAAGAGUUUUGAGAACAACUGGAACACGUACAAGCUGCUGGCUCACAUAAAUCCUCCAGAUGUCAAGAGCAACAUCAACGUGGCCAUCAUGAACAUCGGCGCUCCCUGUGCCGGUAUGAAUGCCGCGGUCCGUGCAGCGGUCAGGAUGGGCAUCAUCCAGGGUCACACCAUGCUGGCUGUCCAUGACGGCUUUGACGGUCUGGCUCAAGGACAGGUUGAGCCCAUCAACUGGACCUCAGUGAGCGGCUGGACAGGAAAAGGAGGUUCAGUGUUGGGCACCAAGAGAACUCUCCCGGCCAAAAUCUUGGAGCAAAUUAGCCUGAACAUCUCCAAGUUCAACAUUCACGCUUUGGUGAUUAUUGGUGGAUUUGAGGCCUACGUUGGAGGCUUGGAGCUGGUUCAGGCCAGAGAGAAAUAUGAAGAGAUGUGCAUUCCUAUGGUGGUGAUCCCAGCCACCGUCUCCAACAACGUCCCCGGCUCUGACUUCAGCAUCGGCGCUGACACCGCCCUCAACACCAUCACCUCCACUUGCGACAGAAUCAAGCAGUCUGCGGCCGGGACCAAGCGCCGCGUGUUCAUCGUUGAGACUAUGGGCGGAUACUGCGGCUACUUGGCCACCAUGGCUGGUCUGGCUGCUGGAGCUGACGCCGCCUACAUCUAUGAGGAGAAAUUCAACAUUAAAGAUCUGGAGACGAACGUAGAGCAUCUUUUGCAGAAGAUGAAGACAACAGUGAAAAGGGGUUUGAUUCUCAGGAACGAGAACUGCAACGCCAACUAUACCACUGACUUCAUCUUCAACCUGUACUCGGAGGAGGGCAAGGGCGUCUUCGACUGCCGCAAGAACGUCCUCGGACACAUGCAGCAGGGCGGCACUCCAACCCCCUUCGACAGAAACUUCGGCACAAAGAUGGGCGCCAAGUCCGUUCUGUGGCUGACUGAGAAGCUCAAGGAGUGCUACCGGCAUGGUCGUAUCUUUGCCAACACACCGGACUCUGCCUGUGUACUGGGCAUGAGGAAACGGGCGCUCACCUUCCAGCCUCUUGCAAAUCUCAAGGAAGACACAGAUUUUGAGCACCGCAUCCCUAAGUCACAGUGGUGGCUGAAGAUCAGGCCCAUCAUGAAGAUUCUGGCCAAGUACGACAUCAAGCUGGACACGUCCGAGCACGCCGACAUGGAGCACGUGAUCAAUAAGAGGAGUGCGCUUGGGAAAUAGGCCGCUUUCAGCGGAGGGAAAUGUUGCGUCCCAUUAUAAAGAGCUGCUGAAUGCGUUCUUCUGUGUUUUGUAGCUCUCCCGAGUCUCAAAUACUUGUUGUGACUAGAUUUUGCAGACAAUAGCGAAAUGUCGUGAGAAUGAUUAAAGGUAUAGCUUAAAAUAAAUGUUGAUUUGUUGUUGA